UAUCUAUCUAUCUAUCUAUCUUGAUAUAAUGCUAGAUACUAUGAGAAACUAAAACAUAUAUAUGAUGAGAACAUCCACUCUAUUUUCUCAUUGCCAUUAACUCUCUCCACACCAAGAUUCUUCUCUCUCUCCCUCCCUCUCUUCUCUCCCCUCUCUGUUUCCCUCUCCAAACAAUGGAAGAAAACAAGGGAGGUUUUGAAGCAGGAUAUAAGUCUCUUAACAAAAUGGGUGACCGAAAAGGCGGUUUUCGAGCUACAAUCUUCAUUUAUGUUUUGAUUGCUCUUGAGAAUAUGGGAUUUGUUGCAAACAUGGUGAGCAUGGUACUCUACUUCCUGUUUGUAAUGCACUUCGAUUUAGCCGGUUCAGCAAAUACUCUCACGAAUUUCAUCGGUUCGACUUAUUUGCUCUGUCUCUUUGCCGGUUUCAUCUCCGACACUUACUUAACUAGAUUCAAUACAUGCCUUGUAUUCGGAGUGAUCGAAAUUCUGGCAUUGGCAAUGGUGACAAUUCAAGCUCAUUACAAAGAAUUACAGCCGGAUGCAAUGAUGCCAAUGCAAGCUUGCAGUGGUUCGACUUGUCUAAAAGGCGGUAAAGCGGCCAUGUUCUACGUGUCCUUAUGUUUGCUGGCACUGGGUGCAGGUGGAAUGAGAGGAACUGUACCGGCACUGGGUGGUGACCAAUUCAAUCAAAAGGAUCCAAAUGAAAGGAAGUCUCUUGCCAGCUAUUUCAAUUGGCUUUUACUGAGUACAACCUUUGGAGCUACUAUUGGUGUGACUGUAAUUGUGUGGGUCAGCAUGAAUAAAGGUUGGGACUUAGGCUUCUUCAUUGCCACAAUUGCUGCUAUCGUGGGUUACGUCUUCCUGGCUCUCGGAAAACCUUACUAUCGGAUACAAACACCAGGGGACAGCCCAAUCUUGAAGAUUAUACAGGUUAUUGUUGUGGCAUUUAAAAAUCGGAAACUGGAGGUACCAGAAAAUUCCGAGGAACUGUACGAGCCAGUCAGCACAAGUACUGAAGCAGCAACAACAACAACAACAGUAGCUAGUUGCAUCGAUGAGGAAAAAAUCACACAUACUGACCAGUUCAGGUUUCUAGACAAAGCUGCAAUUCUUCGCCAAGAUUGCUCAACGUCACCAACUGUGGAUCCAUGGAAAGUCUGUACAAUUACCCAAGUUGAACAAGUAAAAAUCCUAACUAGAAUGUUACCAAUCAUAGCUAGUACCAUCCUAGUAAAUACAUGUCUAGCCCAACUUCAGACCUUCUCAGUUCAACAGGGUAACAGCAUGGACCUUCACCUAGGACCUUCUUUCAAAAUCCCUGCAGCUUCAAUACCAGUCAUCCCUCUUCUCUUCUUAACCAUUCUCAUACCCAUCUAUGAAUUCCUUUUCGUCCCCUUUGCAAGAAAGAUUACGAAACACCCUGCUGGCAUAACUCAACUUCAACGUGUCGGAGUCGGGCUAUUUCUCUCGGCCAUCUCAAUGGGUGUAGCAGGUAUUGUAGAGGUAAAAAGAAAGAACCAAGCCAUCAAAGACCCAACCAAACCCAUUAGCCUUUUCUGGUUGUCGUUCCAGUACGCCAUUUUCGGUAUCGCCGAUAUGUUUACGUUGGUGGGUCUAUUGGAAUUCUUUUAUAAGGAAGCUCCGUCAGGGAUGAGAUCACUAUCAACUUCAUUCACAUACUUGUCACAAUCCGUGGGUUACUUCUUGAGCAGUGUUUUUGUUGAUCUCAUCAACACUACAACAUCUAGAGUUACCAAGAGCAAAAGAGGAUGGUUAGAUGGUCAAGACUUGAACAAAAACAACUUGAACCUCUUCUAUUGGUUCUUAGCUAUCCUUAGUUUCCUAAACUUUGCGAACUAUCUGUUUUGGGCUUCGUGGUACAAGUAUAAAGCUAGCAAUGAUGAACAUAUGGUUGAUAGUGAUAUUGAUGUUCAUGAUAAUCCUGCUUUUGAACUCUCUAGUAGUAAACAGAAAGCUCUUAACAGAAGCAAUAGUGGAUCACCUUAUUUCAUCAACCAGCAGCGUGAUCAAGACAUUUCUCCUCAACCAAAUGGAGCUAAAUAUAUAGAAAAAUAAACUACUAUUACGACAAAAAAAAACAGAUUGGGUGCUCAAAUGCCUCUCCAUCACAGUGUCGAUAUCGACAACCUGAAUGUGAUAUUCGUCAAAUUCAUCUAAAUUCUUGGAGACGAAUCAAAACAGAGAAGUAUUGUGCAGGUCUUGGUAGUAGCCAAGUAUAGAGUGGAUUUUUUUUUUUUUUUUUUUUUUUAAUUUUGUAUUUCUUGUAGCAUAUAAUAUUUUGAUAUGGAUUUGUGUGAAAAUGAAAUGUGGAUAGAAGGAAGUAAAUGAGAUUUAUGAUAGAUUACCCAACCAAUUACUGCUGCUUUUUUGAUGAGUAAUCUUAGGUUUGGUCAAUAGCCUUUUUAGAUCUUGAUCUUAACUUGAACCCAGAAAAAAAAAUGUGUUGCCAUGUGAUGUAAUGUGAAUGUACUAUAUUUAAAGUUAUAUUGAACUUUAUAUUUUCCCUUUUC